UUCUCGCCCCCCCCCCCCUCCCCCCAAAAAAAUAAAAUUUCUGACUGACUAAUAUCUUCCAAUGCAACGUACAAAUAUUGAUCUCAUACCGUUAAACGUGUUAUUGGUAAGCACGUAGCGAGAUUUGAUAUAAGUUAAAUUCCACAUUGUUUUAUGUUUUUCUACCCUACAUCUCUACCAGCUUUAUAGCUAUUUGGAAUAUAAGAGUUCUCCAUCAACGUAGAUGGUGUCAUCUAGUUUGCAUUUACAUGGCCCCCACAUCAGCCUGUUGAAAGGUGUUGUGUGACAUGAUGGACCUGACGAACUGGGGUGUCAUAUGCUGAUUUAGUGGUAUAUCACCGAUCAGUUAAUCAAUAAGCUGCCCUUCUUCUACGAGCUGCACAUGUAACAGUUAAUCGAUGGUGACAAAUGUGGCAAUUAAUCAAUGGCGAUCAAGAUGUGUGGCCUUUGAUGUCCACGAUCCAUCAAUAUCCAUUAGCGUCUUAUAUACCAUCAAUCUUGCCAUGAUUUGGCCUUCUUUGGAUGGUUGUGGACGCCCAAAAUUUGACACAUUCCUGAACAAGGUUUUAAAUACUGGUUUUAAAUAUUGCCUCCAGCCUCUAGGAAAAUACUGGUUCUAGAUACUAGUUUCCAUAAGCAACCGUGCUGUUCAAACUGCAUCUUCUAGGCUGCCGGAUGGGUUCUGUUAACAUUCACAUCGCCACAGUGGGUUUCUUCGACUCAAGCGCUUUCAUGACAGGUUUAGUCUUGGUUUGGUAUUUGAAGCAGGUAUGCUAAUUUUUUUCCAAUUACUUAAGAGCUUAAUAAAUGGUCGUAGUCAAUCUACACACAGCUAGCAACUUGGGUUUUGGCACCGAGUAGCUCUCCUCUCAAUCAUAACAUUGUUGGCAUUGACUAUGGGUGGAAUCAUGCUCGAGUGAUGAGCUAUGCCAGCAUACUAUCAUUGUUGGCAUUGACUACGCGUGGAAACAUGCUGCCAGCGCUAAAAAAUUCUAUCAUUGACUCUUUAAAAGGAUAUUUUGGGAGAUAGUUGGUGUAUCCAGCUGCUACUGUUUCGGGAGGACUACAUAUAUUUAAAUAUUGUAUGUGUUGUUAUAGUUUUAUAAAAAAAUCAAACAUUAUUCCCUUUUUUUAAAUAUCCAUCUAAAAUGGUAACCAAGUACCCCUUCCAGCUUUAUAGUUCUUGACGUUUUGGACAAUGACAUGUUCAACAUAUCUUUGACUACGACUUUUUUUUAUCAUAUAAUAAAAAAUAAGUAAAUAUUUAAUCUUUUUUUUUUCGAACGGUCAGGCUGUUGCCGAUGUUUUAUAUUAAGAAGAAGGUGUCCCAUUUUAAGGAGCAAACGGGAUCAAACCUUACAGUGUCCAGUUAAUUAGGGAAAACUGAACGAAAACCACAACUACAACACCACGCUAACAACUAACCUAACCUAAACUACCACGAUGGAGCCCGACACAAGGCAUCGGCCAAGCUUUGUCACAAUGGUGAUAAAAUAGCCCACACAUGUUAUCGUUGCCGAGCUUGCCGCCCAAGCGACACAGCAGCUUCGACUUCACUGCGAUGCUACCCUAACGCCAAAAGAACAAGCAUAAACGAUACCCAUGAAGGACAUCAGCCCAAACAGCUAAGGAACCACUUCCUACACACAGCUAACAUCAACAACCUUAUAAAGAGAUUGCGGUGUGUCAUCGUUGCCGAGCUUCGUCACACCCCUACAACGAAGCAGCUCUGACUCUACCUAGUAGUAACCAAAUAAGAAUGAUGAACACCCGCCGUAGAGUAAGAAACAGAACCAAGACAGAGAAGACCUCGUCAAACACCUUAGGCUUGAAGAGCUUCAGAGGCAAUGCAGGAGUCCACCACUACCGUUGCACAGGGAAGGUUCUUGGUGCAAGGAGAGGUCAACGCCAAAACGAUGCCUAAUGGCGCCGUCGUCGUCAUGCCGGCCCAUGGCGUGGCAAGGCUUUCGCCAGCGAUUCCAAUCCUAGCUCCACACAACCAUCCUGCACAACGACCAGUACCGGACCAUCGCACCAUCCCUUUAGCACCCAAGCCCAGUUCACGACCAUCGCCGAACACCACCACGGCUACACACCCCCCGCAGUUCUGCUACCGUCUCGUUGUCGAGAGCCGGCCUUCCUUGCCGGAGAGGCCAAAUCCAGUGGGAGGGAUGGAGGGAGGGGGCGCAGGAUCCGGCAAGAGGAGCCAGAUUCGGCGGCCCGUGCACAGGCAACCCCCGCCUCUGCCGGGACCUCUACCCCGUCACCGCCUCCUUCGCCCCGCCUCCUGUCUGUCACCUCGCCAGCCGGCUUGGCGCCCCAUCAAUCGCCGGAGAAGGGAGCUCCACCGCCUUGCCGAGCUAGAGCUCCACCUCUCGCCGGCGCACGAGGAGAUGACCUCCCAAGAGGGUGCCAGAUCCGCCAGUAGCCGCCGCGACGACCCCGCCAACGUGCUCUCCCUGCCGCCUUUUCUCCUCCAGUUCCGCCGCCACCGCUAGGUCCUCGCCUCUCCCGUUGCCUGCCGCCUCGCCAGCGCCACCACCGGCGCUUGCCGGCCUCUCCCCAUUCGGAUCUAGCCAUGGAGGCCCGGAUCUGGGCACCUCCGAGGCGCGGUUGGUCCCUAGCCAUUCGGCCCCACCGAGGGAGAAGAAGCCCUGCCGCCGCCGUCCUUGCGGCCGCCGUCUUUGCCGGCAGCCGCUCAGGCGACGGCGAGGCGGGGGAGAGGAGGGAGGAGGGUGGCGGGGGCGGGCGCUGGUCGCCGUCCGUGUCGCCUUGGGGAGAGCGACGCGGACGGGAGCGUGGUCUCUCUAUUGCACCGUAAAUAUUUAAUCUUAUUAAAGUACUUUUCAAAACUAAUAAUAUAGAUACCAUGUUCUAAUAUCUUCAAACUUAUUUCAAGAGUUAUUGAUAGUUAAAUUCUAAUUGUUUGAUCUCAACCUUAUCGAAUACGUUAAAAAUUAUGGAACCUGAAGGAGCAUCGGAUUUAACCAAUUAGUUGCAGUGUUCUACAAGAUAUUAUUGGACUAGGCUACAUACAAUGCACCACACAUGAUCACUGUUUGACAGCUUACCAACAAACAAGCAGAAGGACAGGCGGUUGGUUGAGCUGGUAAAAUUACUGUGCUAAGUUAAUUGAGUGUGGGCCAGUUCAAUUAUUUCGGUACAUGUUGCUGAUGCGAAUAUGAAUGGAAUUUGAAAGGAAAAAAGUCCAGGUUUGGUUGCUUGACUAUAACUUUUUAAUUAGUCUGAUUUUGGUUCUUUGACAUGAAACUGGUUACUGUUGGUAUUUUAACUCUUGAAACAAUUUAUGCUUCAUCCAUAGAACCAAUCAACCAAAAGGGUGGUUUUUGCAAACCGAGCAUAGUGAAAUUCCCAACUAAACACAAAUUUAUAUGAAUUUAGUAUUCUAAUUAAGAAAAAAUAAAUUGAAUGAAAUUUAUCCUCAAGCGCUAUGAAUGUCUUUUUCUAUGCUUAUAUAUACGUGGAUAUGGAUGUUAUAUCACUCAUACUAUAUUAUCUUGCACUUUCUUUUAUUGAGGGGUGUGGGUGGGGUGUGGUUGGAGUUGGACAUGGAUUAUAGCUUCAAAUACACUUAUUUAUCUCCUUUGUAUCCACUCCACAGGACUGUACCUAAGAAUUUCAGACCCCAAGUGCUAAAAAAGACCUUUUAUUUAGAAAAUGCCAAUAAAUAAAACAGUAAAGUUCAGUUUAAGAUAUGUUUUUAACCGAAAUUAAUUACACACACAUAUAUAUAAAAUAUAUAAAAGAACUAGACUCGCCUUUUCAGUUAACGCUGGGUCAUCUAUAAGUUGUUGGGAGAGGACUCCACAGUCGGUGCUCUGUGCUCAAUCCGCAGCAUGGGACACGAUGGUUGGCUCUCUAUCUUAAAAUAUGAGAACUAGCCAUCUUCUCUCUUUAGCCAUGCACUGCUACUGAACGAGUAGAAAUUAUGCAUGACCAACAACAGCUGAGCUAUACCAAGGAUGCUCUCUAGCUGAUAAUUAACAGUGGUGGUGCUUUGGCUAAGUCCAGGAAAAAGAAUCGCAUCCUGAUUAACUGAUUUACAUUUUAAUGAAGGAGAGAAAAAUAGAAUCUUCAGUUCUUAUUACGCACAAUCACAUUAUUGUUAUGAUAAAAUAUAGUUGUUUCAGGUUACCAUAAUUGUCAUCGAAAGCUUGUUGGAGCCAUUAAAAAUAAGCCCUGGCACAUUCUAGCAAAAUUAGUGGAGGCGAAAAGGGGGAACUUGAAAAAAAAUGAAAUAAUUAAAAAGGUCCUAAAACAUACCACUUCCGUCCCACUAUAGUUAUGGUUCCAUGGUAUUUAGUGGAGGUUAAAGUUUAGCAAGAAAUGAUCAUAGUGCACCCUAUGAAAUGAUAUAGUGUUAGGAACGAGAGGAUAGUUGGGGGCAGGAUGAAGAAAAAUUUGAAUUGCAGGUGAUUGAUGUGAUAAAAGGUACUAUAAAGUGGCUUUUUGAAAAACUUUUGAAUCCUAAAAUUAUAACUAUUUUGGAACGGAUGAAGUAUAAAUCACAUUGGCAUGGAUUGAAAAGAAAAGGUAGGUUGCCCUAAUUUAGGGACCCAUGCCAUUACCUACCCUACUGUUGCCUAAGAUGCGUGUCUACCUCUCCAAAUUAGAGCUUCGGUUGAAUUCGUACGUAGAGAGUUGACACACUUAGAUGCAUGUGACAUUUACAAGCCAUGCUUGCAGUGUUAUGUAUACAACAACCACCUUCGUUUUCCACCAAAAAUAAUAUCAUGAUGACUUGGAACCGUGGACCUCUUAUUUUCAUGAAUAAUCUACUUGAUGGCCUUGAUAUAUAUGUCACUUCCUUUAUGAUCUAGACAUAAAUUUGUUGACUUCACAAAUUGUAUUUGACAAUCAGUCCUUAUAUCCUAGUACUAUUUAGUCAUCAGCAAAAGAGAAAUAUUAACUAUCAAGAUAGUACUGCUAUUGGUGAUGCACUCUCAUGCAUAUCUCAAUAUGAAUGCAUACCUCAAAUAUUUUUUUUUUGAAAAAAUGAUUUUUACUUUAUUUUUUGAAGUUACUUUAUACAUGCUUGAUAUAGCUAUAAGCUGCAGUAAGACAAAUAUCCCCUGCAUAUCUCAAUCUGAAGCAGGCAACUUAAUUUGGAUAUCUCAAUCUGAAGCAGACAACUGACAUAAUGACCCUAUAAAUGGUCAUAUGUAGCAAACUAUAACUUACAAAAGUAAACUUUAUGGUAAUUAAGAACACACAUGUCGAUAAUGGUUUUGGACUCACAACCAAUGGCAAUCCUAUCAUUUAUUUGAAGUCAUCUAAGGUUUAUUUGGAUCAAUGCUCGCGCAAACCAUACUAAAAUUUGCCAAUACUAUGCUUUUGGCAUUGCUAAAAUUUUGGUUGGCAAUCUGGCUUCGUCAAUGUUAACAUCUUUACAGUUCAACUGCACAAUGAGCCAAAUAAUCCUCUAUUGACCUUCACAUUCUGUUUCGUGUUUUAUCGGUGGACUAUUUACAACUUUUAUCCAUAUCAUGUAUGCCGCGAUGAUUAAUCAUGUAGAUUUUUAUAGAUUUUGUUUUUUCCUAUAGAAAAUGUCGGAUAAUUCAAUUAUACUUGAACUAGUUUUUGCACUUUGUUUUAACACUGCCUAGCUUAUAUCUGAUGAAAGUGUAUUCUCCAUCUACAUUAUUUAAUUUUCAUUCACCACUAAAAUUUCUAUUUGAUUGACUACUUCAAUUAUGCUUCUAGAAACUAGCCAUGAGGAAUACAGGUAGCUCCCUUAUAGUCCCAAGACCGUGAUGUGGAGUACAUCUCUACUACUUAAAAACAGGGAAAAAAAGGUUCGUUAAUAAAAAGAUCACAUGCAUUAGAAUAGAUCCACACCUAGCCACUGGUAUGGGCUCGUUCAAUCCACAGGUAUAUUACUAGUUUUUGAAAAAUGACCGACCGAGAAAGAGAAGUUUGCCUACCCCCAUAGACUUAUGUUUUUCAGCUACUGCUAGGGUGUGUUAGGCGCACCACUCUAUAAAUGUUCAAGUUCUGGUCAGUCAUAGAGCAGCUGAAAGAGCACUUCCACCCGAACAGCACUACAAAUUACAUUUGUACUAGGACACAAGAAUUAUAUAUAGUUGCAUCCAGUUCUACUCCAAACCCAUCAUCCUGGUCAUAAUCUGAGCAGAGAGGAGGGUGUAGACGAUAUAUUGAAAUAUAGAUAUUCUUACAGCUAAUUCUACUUCAAACCCAUGACCCUAGUCAAAAUUUGAGUAGAUAUUAAAGUGUAGAGGGUUGUUUGCAACUUUGCAAGGGAGGGAGAUGGGAGGAGUUGGGGAGAAGAUCAUAAUGAGUGCCUUGUUAGGGGUGAUGAGCCCUUUGCUUGGCAAGCUAGGUAACCUGAUUGAGAAAGAGUAUGCUGAGCUAAAGGGCGCGAGGAAGAAGCUAGAGCAGCUCAUGAAAGAACUCAUGGCCAUCAACCUUGCGCUGGAGAAGUACUCAGGCAUGGAGAAUUUUGAUGUGCAAGUGAAGGCUUGGACAAUAGAGAUGCAUGAGCUGGCCUAUGACAUGGAGGAUAGCAUAGAUCUCUUCAGUUACUGCAUAGACCACGAGCCAGUGAGCACCACCAUGGGAGUCAAGAGGGUCAUCCUCAAGAUCCUUCGCAAGUUGAAGAAGAUUCACCAUCGACACAAGUUUGCUAAGCAAAUGCAUCAACUUCAAGUUCUUGCCAAUGAAGCAUACAAUCGGCAAAAGAGAUACAAGCUUGAAGAAGGCAGCUCUAGCAACUCUUUUGUGGAGAUUGAUCCUCGGUUGCCAGCACUCUAUGUGGAAGUUCAAAAACUUGUGGGCAUCGAGGGCCCAAGCAAAGAAAUCAUUGAACAGUUAAUUGGUGAGGAACCUACGUGGCAUCGUAGGGUUGUGUCCGUUGUCGGAUCUGGAGGUUCAGGUAAGACUACCCUCGCUAAACAGGUGUAUGAGAGAAUCAGAGGUCAAUUCUCUUGUGCAGCGUUUGUAUCUGUAUCACAAAAGCCUAACAUAAAUAACCUUCUGAGGGAGUUGCUCUCUCGAAUUGGAAGCAACAGUGAAAGUUUAGGAGCAAGAGAAUUAUAUAGUGACCAACAACUCAUCGACAAGCUAAGAGCAUGUCUUGAAAAUGAAAGGUAUCUUGUUGUGAUUGAUGACAUAUGGCAAAAGUCGGCAUGGGAAACAAUACAAUGCGCUCUUCCUAAAAACAACCAUGCAAGUAGAAUAAUCACAACAACACGCAUCAAAAGUGUAGGUCAAUUCUGUUGCACUUCAGAUGAGGGCUUUGUUUACCAAAUGAAACCUCUUACCAAAAGUGAUUCUGAAAAUUUAUUUCUCAAAAGGACUUUUAGUUCUGAAGAAAAUAGCCCCAGUCAGCUGCAGGAGGUUAUCAAUAAGAUACUUUACAAAUGUGAUGGUUUGCCAUUGGCUAUUAUUACUUUAGCUAGCUUGCUAGCUGAUAAACCAAGAAGAAAGGAAGAAUGGGAGAGAGUUCUAAAUUAUAUAGGUUCUAUGCCAAAAAAGGAUAGUAAGCUGGAGGUAAUGGAUAAGAUAUUGUCUUUGAGUUACAACGAUCUACCCCACCAUAUGAAAAAUUGCUUCCUUUACCUGAGUACUUUUCCGGAGGAUCAUGAGAUUCGCAAAGAUAUCUUGGUAUGGAAAUGGAUAGCUGAAGGGUUCAUCAUCACAAAACAAGGGUUUACUUUGGAGGAAGUUGCAGAAAGCUACUUUUAUGAGCUCAUAAAUAGGAGUUUGGUCCAACCUGUUAAUAUGGUACAUGGGGCAAUUGAACAGGGAUGCAAAGUUCAUGAUAUAGUACUCAAUUUCAUAAUCUCUCGGUCAGUUGAAGAUAAUUUUUUGACUAUGGUGGAUGGUCAGGAACUCCCAUCUCCAAAGUCAAGGAUUCGACGUCUCUCUGUUUGGAACAAGCAAGAAUUUCCAAGGUUUAUAUCGAAAGGAAGCAUGAAUUUGCCCUAUAUCCGUGCAAUUAGUAUAUGCCAUAUUGAUGGCUGGACAAUGCCCUCAGUUUUAAACCUUCCUGUUCUUCGAGUGUUAGAUCUAGAGGGUUGCCGUGCUUUGAGGAAUGAUCAUCUUGAUUGCAUUGUAAGUUUAUUUCAUCUCAAAUACCUGAGGCUUUCUAAGACAAGUAUUGAUAGGCUACCGGCCCAAAUUGGGAAGCUUGAGUAUUUGCAGAUGCUCGAUGUAAGCUCAACCCAAGUAAGAUUGCUGCCAGAAAGUGUUAUUCAGCUAAAGAGACUGAUGCGCCUUGUUGGCAAUGAACUCAUACUGUCAGAUGGGUUUGCUAACAUGGAAUCUCUUCAGGAGUUGGGGGUUCUUGAUGCUUGCAACUGCUCCAUAAAUUUUGGGAAAGAUCUUGAACUUCUGAGCAAUCUGAGGGUGCUUCGAAUAAUGUUUAGGUGUGAAGAAAUUACUAGUGAUCCAGAUGCUAGAAAGAAAUCUUUGAUGUCAUCCCUCUGCAAACUUGGGGGUAACAGCCUUCGGUCUCUGUAUUAUCAGAGCUCUACCACCGGUGUCGAUUGUUCAGCAGAUUCAUGGUGCCCUCCUCCUAUUCUCCUCCAAAAGUUUGAGUACAGAGGUGUUCGCUACUUCUCCAGCUUUCCAAAAUGGAUCAAACACUCGCUCGUCGAUCUCGCCUACUUGGAUUUCAGGAUUGAACGUAUGGAAAGGAAAGAUUUGCAUGUUCUUGAAAGUUUGCCUGCACUAACUGUCCUAUGCGUAACCGUGAAGCGAGUUCCUGAAGAUGGACUUAUGAUCAGACACGGUGCAUUCCAAUGUCUAACACGCCUUGAAUUUUGUAAUACAGAUGGACCUGGUUUGACGUUUGAAGCAGAUAUGACCAGGCUUGAGUGGCUUAAACUUGAAUUCAAUGCGGAUAAAGCACAAGCAACAUAUGGCAGUUUAGUGGUUGGUAUUCAGCACUUAUGUUCUCUUAAAUGUAUUGAUCUCACUAUUGGGAUGUUAUCUGAAGAUGAAAAUGAUCCACCGAAGGAGAUUAUCAAGUCUGUUAUCGGUGACAAAAUCAAGAUGCUUCCCCAUAAUCCCAAGGUUAACAUCACAUUUUUGUAGAUCAUCUAGCAGGCAUAUAAGCUCAUGGAUUGCUGCUAGGGGUGUUUGCAGGGUACUAAUGACACAUGUAAAGUUGUAGGAAGCUAUUAUCUGUAGUGUAUUUCAUAUCACUGUAAUGUCUUUUACAAUUCAUUCCACCGAAAUACGUAUCAAUGCAGUGGUGGUGAUUGCAUUGCAGCUGUAAUCUAAUUAAUUUGGAUGUUCA